AGCUCGGAAGUGUUUUCUGCAGCUAUCAUGGUUCGUCCGCUAAACUGCAUCGUCGCUGUGUCCCAGAACAUGGGCAUCGGCAAGAACGGGGACCUGCCCUGGCCCCCGCUCAGGUACCUGAAUGAAUACAGGUAUUUCCAAAGAAUGACCACAACCUCUUCAGUAGAAGGUAAACAGAAUUUGGUGAUUAUGGGUAGGAAAACCUGGUUCUCCAUUCCAGAGAAGAAUCGACUUUUAAAGGACAGAAUUAAUAUAGUUCUCAGUAGAGAACUCAAGGAACCUCCACAGGGAGCUCAUUUUCUUGCCAAAAGUCUGGAUGGUGCCUUAAAACUUAUUGAGCAACCAGAAUUAACAAAUACAGUGGACAUGGUCUGGAUAGUGGGAGGCAGUUCUGUUUAUAAGGAAGCCAUGAACAAGCCGGGCCAUCUUAGACUAUUUGUGACAAGGAUCAUGCAGGAAUUUGAAAGUGACACAUUUUUUCCAGAAAUUGAUUUGGAAAAAUAUAAACUUAUCCCAGAAUAUCCAGGUGUUCCUUCUGAUGUCCAGGAGGAGAAAGGCAUUAAGUACAAAUUUGAAGUAUAUGAAAAGAACAAUUAAUGUGAAAGUGUUUUCUAUUUCAAGCCUCCUCCCC